CCUUCAGAUUGUCUAAUGAUUCUUAUGAUUUUAUGAAACAGCUAAGCAGCAUUUGUCCUGGAAACUUUUUAUAGAUAUCACCAAAAUCAAGCUUUUUUAAGUCUGCUCAUUUCUCUUGUUCAUGACCUGACAGAAACAUCAGACCUAAUACAAACAGACACACAUGACACCCAAUACAGAGACAAAUACCAGGAGGAGCUCUGACAUCACUGUAGUUCAGAGAGAUUCGGAGAGAGUGAAACUAACUUGAUCAACAACGAUAUGGAUGACUGAAGAGAUCAACGACUUGUGAACACAUCAGAUACUCACAGAGUGAAGAACAAUGGAAAAAUCUUCCCCACCACUACCAAAAACACAAAAAAGGAGAGGGAGCAUGGAUGAUCCUCCAUCGGUGUCAUCCUCCAGCGGCCCACUGACUAAGGAGCUUCAGUGCCCUAUAUGUCUGGACGUGUUCACUGAUCCAGUCAGCACUCCAUGUGGACACAGCUUCUGCAAGACCUGUCUGAAUAUGUGCUGGAACAACAGCCAGACCUGCAACUGUCCAUAUUGUAAAGAAACAUUCAAGAUCAGACCUGAUCUCAAGAUUAAUACCACACUCAGAGAAGUUGUAGAUCACUAUAAAAUGAAAAGUCCUGAAGUUCUGUGUGACUUCUGUGAGGAAAGAAAGCUGAAAGCCCUGAAGUCGUGUCUGGUGUGUCAGAGCUCUUACUGUGAAACUCACCUGGAGCCUCAUUUGAAAGUGGCAGGUUUAAAGCAACACAAACUGAUCAAUCCUGUGAGGAAUCUGGGGGACUAUAUAUGUCAGAAACAUGUGAGACCUCUGGAGCUGUUCUGUCGAGAUGAUCAGACAAUCGUGUGUCUGUCCUGCACUGACGGAGAUCACAAGAACCACAACACUGUUUCUUUAGAAGAGGAGAUUGAAGAGAAAAAGACUCAACUAAAAAGACACAUAGAUGUGCAGCAGAUGAUCCAGGAAAGAAGCAAGAAGAUUCAGGAAAUCAAACACUCAUCAGAAGUCAGAAAAAAAAACACAGAGGAGAAGAAAGCAGCUCGUGAUGAGCUCUUCACUGGUCUCAACCUCUCCAUUGAGAGAUGUCAGACUGAACUGCUGGAGAUGAUGGAGGAGCAGCAGAAAGCAGCAGAGAAACAGGAGGAAGAGCUCAUUGAAGAGCUGGAGCAGGAGAUCACUGAGCUAAAGAUGAGAAACACUGAUCUGGAGCAGGAGAUCAAUGAGCUGAUAAACACAAAGCUGGAGCAGCUCUCACACACUGAAGAUCACCUCCGCCUCCUACAGAUUUACUCAUCCCUGUGCAGCUCUAGAAACACCAGGAACUGGUCUGAGAUCAGUGUGAAGACUGAUGACAGUCAGGAGACUGUGAGGAGAGUUCUGACUCAACUGCAGGACACUCUACAGGAGAAACUCACACUAACUGACUCUACAGAUCUGAAGAGGAUGCAGCAGUAUAAAGUGGAUGUGACUCUGGAUCCUGAUACAGCUCAUCCUGGUCUCAUCCUGUCUGAUGAUGGAAAACAAGUGAGAGAUGGAGACAUUGAGCAGAAACUCCCAGACAAACCAGAGAGCUUUAAUCCAUGUCCCUGUGUCCUGGGAAAGGAGGGAUUCUCCUCAGGGAGAUUUUAUUUUGAGGUGCAGGUGAAGGGAAAGACUGAAUGGGAUUUAGGAGUGGCCAGAGAAUCCAUUAACAAGAAGGGUUUGAUCUCACUGAGACCCAGUAAUGGAUUCUGGACUGUGAUUCUGAGGAAUGGGAAUGAAUAUAAAGCUGGUGCUGGUCCUCCUGUCUCUCUGUGUCUGAGAGUGAAGCCGCAGCGGGUCGGCGUGUUUGUGGAUUAUGAGGAGGGUCUGGUCUCCUUUUAUGAUGUGGAGUCCAGCUCUCAUAUCUACUCUUUCACUGGUCAGUCUUUCACUGGGAAACUCUAUCCAUAUUUUAGCCCAGGCCCUAUUAAUGGAUGUAAAAACUCAACUCCACUGAUCAUCACACCUGUCAGUUACAAUAAAUGAAUUUUCAUACCUAAUAUGAAAUACUAGAUGAAAAUAAUGAUUUUAAUUAGGGAUGUGCCUAAAGCCGAAUACCAUGUUCGGAAAGGAAAUGACGUACAAUGGAGCCCCUUAAGGGAAUAAAUAUGAGAUAGGAGGAACAAAUAUAUUUCAGUGCUUUCUCUGGCAAUUAUAGUCUAUAGUUGGGUAAUUAUAAUGUAUAUAAUUUGCCAGCAUCAGGGAGCUGCUAUUAAUUAGCAGAGUAUUGAAAUCACGUUUGAAUGCGCACUUUAAAUUACAUUCACUUUAGAGAUUCACGAUCACAUGUACUGUGUGUAUACUAGUGAGCGUCAGUAGCCCAUUACUUACCACACAUUUCACAAGGUUAGAUAUCUGUCAGUAGCGCUCAGGAACUGCAAACCAUUCACCAUUGUCCUAUCAGCCAUCUCUAGUAAUAUGGUAAGUAAAAUCUGAUGUACUUUAAGGUAACAGGCUCCUGCCAGCAAGCAGCUAACCAUGUCCCUUUAGGUGCUCCAUAGACUGCGUUUUUCUUUUUCUGUGCCUUUCCGAAUAUGGAUUUAGGCUUCAGACACAUCCCUAAUUUUCAUAAUUAAAAAUCUAAAAACAUUAAAUGUAAGGAUGCACUGAUGUUAUCAGUAUUGGCAGAUAAAAGCAAUUAUUUUCCCUGCCAGCCAGUGGCAGAUUGUUCAAGAACAGCUGAUGAUCAGGAUCAUAUUACAAAUAUUAAGGGUGUAAUCUAUUAUGUGUAAUGGAGGCAAGCUAGUAAGAGCAGUGUGUGUAAACCUCACUCCUCUGGCCUCAAGAGGCGUGUUAGCGACUGAUGUUAGAGACUGUGGUCAUGAGGUGCGCUCACGUCAUGUUGUAAUUACUGUAACGAUUCUGAACUGUAAAAAGCCUUCACAUGCUUGUUGAAUGUGUAAUUACAACUUGUAAACUCAUAAUGUAUUAGAGAGCUAUGAUGACCCUGUGGCCUCUGUACCACCUGACCACUGCAGAUUUAAGGUGUGUUGGACUUGAAGUGGAGUAUGACAUCAAAGUGCUGUGAGAGCAAUUCGAAAGCAUAUUAAGCUUUAUUUGCAGUAAUUACGACAUGCUGUGAAUGCAGAAUUAGCAUCCUUAAACGCCCACCCUCCAUGCCCGAGAUGCCAGUUCAUAUCCCGCUCAGAGUGGGUCGAGUAGGACCGGUUACAAAUGCAAUUAAUGGAUCCUCUAAGGCAUCUUCAUACAGCUGAGUUAAGACUGCUCUGUGCCUGCUUAAAAUUCUGUGUAAAGAUACAAUGCAGCAUAAAAGCCAGACUACAUUAUGCCUGCUCUGACCCACCUCAGCCCCUUGUAUAAAAAUAUGCAUUUAUGCCACCUCUGAGCAGCAUUAAACAGUUUGUGUUAAGACACCUAAUUGCCACUUGAAAAGCACAUGUGCCACCUCUGCAGUGUAAAUGUGACUAUAAGACGCUGUAUGAAAAGAACUGCACACAAUAGACACUGAUUUUUUGAGUGUGUUUUCUGUUCACAUUUAUGAGUAUUUUGAUAACUUUAUUUCUGUUUUCAUUCAUUCUAUGAACUUUCCAUGUGCGACAUCUAACAGGAUGUGCACCUUUCUAACAAGGUGAAAUAUAUUUUGAAAGGUGGAGCUGUAACAUCACUACAUCGACAUAUUUUCUCUUUUCCACUGCUCUGUGUGCAGGCAAAUAAAUUCUAUUAUCAUCCACUUUCCGAGUGCAUACUUUCUUACUGUAUCUGUAUCGGUGGAUGGUGUGUAAACACGUUCUUGUAUUUUGGAAUUGGAACUCAGGCCGAAAAAAAAUAUAUAUAUAUUGAAGCGUACUGAAUCAUGUCUGAUUCAUUCCAGUAACAUAUAUUGCUGUGAAUUCUAAUCAGUAGAGAAAUGUCCUUGUUUUACAGAAUAAAACAUUGUAAAAUACCUGUUGUCAGUGUAUUUUUAUGUCAUUGUUUUAUGAGUGAUAAAGUGUGUUUGUUGGCUGACAACCUUUGCUAGUGUUAUGAAAGAAUGAGUUGAUUUGGUAUUUGGUAGUUUGAGUGCAUUUUGAAUGUGAAAAUAACUGCUAUGCCAAGUUAAACGUUGAGAUGAAAGUGACCCAAAUAUUGAAAAAUGUGUCCAAGUGAUUGUAAAAAAAAAAAAAAAAAAAAAGUUAUCUGAUCGAAACAUAAGUCCUAAUAAAUACACAGAAUACAAGAACAAAUGUAAAUGUGUAAAUACAGGAGGAGCUCUGACAUCACUGUAGUUCACUGUAUAAAAUUAAACUAACUUGACCAACAGCAAUAUGGAUGUCUUUGAACAACAGAAUUUUUGAGCUGUUCAAAUAGUCUUGUGGACACAUCUGAUACUCACAGGUAAU